GUGAAAUUCGAAAAAUAAAAUUAUUUAUAUUAUUGAACAUUUAUUUAUAUGUACGUUUCUGUUGUUGUUCAGGUAGAAUUAUUGUUCGAUAAGUUACUUACAGAAGAACAUCUGUUACAAGAUUCGAUAGAAAUACAAAUACAAACGAAAUAUCUCGAUAUUUCUAGUCACAUUAUCGACAUUUUUUGCUGGAUGAGUUUUUUUGGUAUUGCAGCAGUCAUCAUAUUUUUACUGAAUCCUGUAACAUUGGAUAUAAUUAUGCCUUUAAACGAAUCUCGCACUCACUUCAAUGUUUUAUUCCUUUUUGAUGAUCAAAGCCCGUGUAUUAAAAUCUUUUUAAUCUUAAAUUUCAUGUUAAUUAUGUUAUUCGGAUUAUUGUCUUUAAUAGGCACAGAAUCGUUAACUAAUAUUUUUAGUUACUAUAUAUGCAGAAAAUUUUAUAUUGCCAGUUAUCGAAUACGAAAAAUCAUUGAGGAUCUCGGUAUUAUUACUAUGCCGAAACAGAUAGAUUUAAAACUUACAGAUAUACAUCGAGUAGUGGACAUUCACAAUCAAGCUAUCGAAUUGAUUAAUAUGGGCACAAAUGCCACAGCGACACAAUAUCUGACGGCAGUUAUUAUCUGCAUACUCUCAUUCUCUGUAAAUCUAUAUCGCCUAUAUAAUGCAAUAACAACUAUGGACGAUCGAAUCGAAAUCUUCGGUUCUGCUUUUAUAGUUGUGUACCAUUUAAUGGUCGCAUUUUACAAUAAUCAUUAUGGACAAUUAAUUAUUGACAGUAGUCUUGGCAUAUUUAACGAAUUAAUAAUAUGCAGACACUCUUCUACGUGGUAUCGCAUUCCUUUAAAAGCGCAAAAACUAUUAUUGUUUAUGAUAGUGAGAAGCUCAAUGGGUUGUGAAUUAUGUCUUUCUGGUUUAUUCACUCCGUCUUAUGCAGGCUUUAUGUCGAUGAUCAGUUCGUCCUUCUCCUAUUGCGCCGUUAUAUAUUCACUUCAAUAAAUAUUCUUGGAUAAUACUAGCAUUUUACUUGAAUAUAAGUGUUGUAAUCAUAUGAUAUUGUUGUUAUACACGUGGAUUUGAAUAAUGAUAUUUUGAAAAUUGAAUAUAAAUUAUAAAAUUUUUAAAAAAUAAUGUUAUAUCUCAUAAAUCCAUUGAUCGUUUUUCAAUUAAAAUAAAAUUAAAUAAAAAAUAUUUAUUAUUGCACUAAUAUAGACAAUUUCUUAAUUAAUUUUUUUUUAAAAAGGUAUUCUUGAGCAGAAAGGUAUGAAUGAGCAGAUAUAUUUCUGUGUGGUAUUCCAUACGUUUGAGUGCGCAAAAGAUCUUAUUGCUGAUCAUGUUACAAAGUUCGACGACACAUACGUUUCAUAUCUUAGAUUUGUUCAUUUCGUAUCACGCAAGAGUAGGUAAUUUCUUUAAAUAAUUGCAGCACAACAAAAUUGGAAAUUGAUAAAAAUUACAUUUCAGAUGUUGUAAGUUCAUCGUUUUAUUAUAGUCUGAUGUACUCGAAAUAAAAAUCGUUGAAUCGUGUUAAAAUAAAUAAUUUUUAUUGACAUAUAUAAUUGAUCUGGAUGAAAAAUAUAAUCCCUUUUCAUUUAUUUCGUUUCUUUGUGACU